UGUGUAUAGAAUACCGGGUGACAACAAUUGGUCUGAUCACACCAUCUCGUCCUCUCAUUGGUGGUUUGGAGCCUGGCUGCCCUAAUCACAUGCCUGUCUUGGUUUCUUUCAGCGAUCUGAAGCUGGACAAUGUGCUGUUGGAUCAUGAAGGUCACUGUAAGCUGGCAGACUUUGGAAUGUGUAAGGAGGGGAUUUGUAAUGGAGUCACCACAGCCACGUUCUGUGGCACACCUGACUACAUUGCUCCAGAGAUUCUCCAGGAGAUGCUGUAUGGGCCAGCUGUUGACUGGUGGGCCAUGGGCGUAUUGCUCUACGAGAUGCUGUGUGGCCAUGCACCCUUUGAGGCGGAGAAUGAAGACGACCUCUUUGAGGCCAUACUGAAUGAUGAAGUGGUCUACCCUACCUGGCUGCAUGAAGAAGCCACAGGGAUCCUCAAGUCU